UCGCACGCUGCACACGACAGGGGGUGAGCACGACGGGGCUAAGCGGUCCAAUUGCUUCGGCGUUCACUUUCAUCGUCGGCGUACUUGAGAAAGGACAUCUGACAAUGAAUCUACGUGGCUUCUCAGAGAGCGGCCAGUCGCGGCCAAGCAGUUUUUUCAUCGAAGACAUCCUCUUCGCCAAGCCCAAGGCACUUCCGGUCACGAGGGAGCACAGCGGUGUUGCUCCACCCCUCCCGACUCUACCCCGCCCCGCCACAUUCCCAGAGUAUGGCUACGCCUGUCUGGGGGGCCCCGCCUUCUACCCCCACCCGCUCUUAGCUCACGCAGCUGCUUCCACGUUCUUCCCGAAACAGGGUUCUGAGCACCCGGCUUUCUUCAUACCUGCAUCGGGCUUGCCCCUCAGCCCGCUGUUCCAGCACGACAGCCCCGGAAAGCACUGUCGCAGGCGGAAGGCUCGCACAGUGUUCAGCGACCAGCAGCUGACGGGCCUGGAGAAGCGAUUCGAAGCCCAGCGCUACCUGUCCACACCCGAGAGGAUGGACCUGGCUUCACAACUCAACCUGUCUGAAACACAGGUGAAAACCUGGUUUCAGAACAGACGUAUGAAACAAAAGAAGCUUCAGCGCAAAUCUCAAGAAGAUUCGAGCGGAAGUGCGGGGCUGAGAACAGCUCACGGCAGUCAGGCUCAAGACACCGACUCGGAAGACGACAUGGAUGACGGAGGACGGAGGGUUCUCCCAAAUCGGACGUCCCCGGAUUUACGCCAUGAGUCGGAACCUGACCCCGAUGACCUGGUGGGGUCAGAUGGCGAGGAGAUCAAUGUAGUAGACCCUGAUUCAGACCAGGUGUCCAAGGGGUCUUGAACAUAGUACAGAAUUCUUCAACAUUUUUUGUCACGAGUGACGAGGCAACGAGUGAGGCCUGCUCAUUACUGUAAACUGAUGCUGUAACCAUCAGUCAGAACACUUCUACACACCCUCCACCUGUAUAUUGCUCUGUCUUUGGGGAAACCUCUCCAGGAUGUAGAGACUUGGAAAAGAGGGAGGGUUUUGAGGCGGUGAAGAUGUUCUGGAAGCACACAGCUGUACUAUGUGGUCUGCACAUGCCAGCACAGCUGUAUAGUUGUGUGUUUGUCUGUGUGUUGACGCUCACCAAUGAAUAGACUGCGCUAACAACGUGUCGCCUUGUGUAUUGUCAGCAACAUGUCGCUAGUUCUGUAGCUUGUUACAACUUGUUUCUCACUGACAUUGUCUGCUUUUAAAUCUGUCACCCUGGCCUGAGAAGACGAAAACUCUCUGUGUGUGUGUGUGUGUGCAAUAAGCAUGUUCAUAAUAAGCUGACGUCCAUAGUAAACUGGUGGCAGGAGGUCUGGAGGACUGAUCUGAACACUUUUCACAUCUGUGUGUGCGUGUGAACAGCUGAAGUGUUGUGAGAUAACAAGACAGAGACUUUUGUCAACUCGGUCAUCGGUCAAAGAUGUUCGAUCACUGAACAUGUACAUUCAUUCUCUGAUUACAUGUACACGUAAAUAUCAGUAGUAUAUAUCAUAGUCAAUGUUUAUUGGAGGUGAGGGCUACGGGGAAGACUACAGGCUACACACGAUGCACAAUGACUUUCGAGUCCCGUGUCGAUGUUUUCUGGAUUGAUCACGUUAUGUAGACUACAUUAGUUGCGCCAAUAAGCUGCUACUAAUGACAGAUUUGUCUGUAACACCAUGUCAGCAGUAAGGUGAAUAUAGCUUUGUGGUCAUCGAAUUACCUUUAUGCUUGUUAUAAAGUAAUUUGCUGUUGAUAUUAAAACGGAAAAAAGAAAAACACCUACAGGUUGGGCUAGCUCGUAUCGUUUAAUAAGCAAGAUGAUAUUUUAGUAGAAGGCCACUGCAGAGCAUGCGCAAAAUUAACUAUAUUUCUUGAUUGUGUUAUAGUUUCUGUCUUUUUUCUCCAGCAGGUGGUAGACUUUACCAUUUUCACAGAAUAGUUCAACAUUAAAGAUCCGACGAAUGCUGUUCAUACUUCUGUUCGUUUACAACAGUGAAAUAAGCCAUGAGGUCGUUGUUUCCGAAAUUUUUACUGUCAUCAUCGGUUCUAAAACUGCUUCCAACUGCCUCAGUAAAACUAAUUUAGUGGAGGAGGAGUGGAGGUAUAACUCCUUCUCUCACUCUACACACUCACUCUUCCUCCCUCCGACAGAACUUUCGUUAGCGGUUUUUUUGUUUGUUUGUUUUUUUUUUGUUUUUUUGUUUUUUUGUUUUUUGUUCAAACCACAGUCAACACCUGGACAGUGUGCAAUGCGACAGACAGGGCUGGUGACGGUGAGCGGAGGUGUGACGCUCAAAUCAUCCAUGCGUGCGGAUGGAUACAUGACGUGCCGCAGCCUCACAAUAACAUCAUGGAAAACAAACAGAUGCUUUGUUUGUCCAUUGUAUUUGUGAAAAGUUGGACUCAGCCUCCGAUUUCAUACAUCUGACAGUUUUUCAGCCGUUGUUAUUUACAAAACUACAUGUGUGUUUCUUGUCUAAUAGAAUGAAAUGUUUUCAGUGCUUGAGUGGUAAGCUUUGGGUUUCGCAUUAUCCGAGUAACGAGUUAGUUACACUGCAAUUUGUGAAAGAUGUGUGAUAGAAGGUGUCACAUUAUUUGUAGACUCUUGCAUAUGAACAUAGCAUGCUUGUAUUUAAUGCGUUAAUUAUGAAAUGGGUAAAUAAAGG